UAGGUCCGAUAAAUUUUGAAUUGGUUAUGGUAUCAUACCUCCAACUCCAAGUGAGACAUUUCUCGAUAAGGUUUUAAUAUUCAAAACCCAUAAUUAGUACUGUUUUCACUUCCAUAUACUCCAUAAUUCCCCCUUUUUUUCUCUAUCUAGAAAAGAACUCAUUCAUUAAUCUUACCAAAUAGGUAUCUGUAAUAUGAUGAUGAAUUGGGUCUAAACCCAAAGAUAAUAAUGGAAAAAAGUUCCAAAUAUCAGACUGUUGUUGAAGGGUCACUAAAUAACUCUUCUUUAUCAUCUGAUUCUUUGAAUGGUCUGAAAUUUGGGCAGAAAAUAUACUUUGAAGAUGUGGGUGGAAGUUCUUCAGGAAAAUCUUCUUCUUCAACAUCAUCUAAGAAGGGAGGUAAAGGGGUUGUACAAAGUGGGCAACCACCAAGGUGUCAAGUUGAAGGGUGUAAGGUAGAUCUUAGUGAUGCUAAACCUUAUUAUUCAAGGCAUAAGGUUUGUGCCAUGCACUCUAAAUCCCCUAAUGUCAUUGUUAAUGGUCUUGAACAGAGGUUUUGCCAGCAGUGUAGCAGAUUUCAUCAACUUCCUGAGUUUGACCAAGGGAAACGAAGCUGUCGCAGACGCCUUGCUGGUCAUAAUGAGCGUCGCAGAAAGCCACCACCUGGAUCUUUGUUAUCAUCACGCUUGGGACGGCUCUCUUCAACCCUAUAUGGUGAUAAUGCCAGCAGAAGUGGUGGAUUUGUAUUGGACUUCUCUGCGUAUUCAAGGCAUCCUGAACGGGAUCUGUGGCUGGGUUCUGAGACCUCUGAGCAGGUAUCUGGAAAUCAGUCCAGGUCCAUUAUCUGGCCAGGCAACUCUGAGGAACCUCCCUCAAAGGUGUUUCUGCAAGGUUCAGCUAGUGGUUCUAGCUUUUCUUUUCCGUCUGGAGAAUGCGUCACAGGGGUCUCUUCUGACUCAAGCUGUGCUCUCUCUCUUCUGUCAAAUCAAACUUGGAGCUCCGGAAAUCGUUCAUCAGGCACUGGACUAGGUAACUCGAUGAACAUUGAUGGAGCUGCCGUCACCCAGUAUACUACACCUCAUUGUGUUACAGUUGCGCACUUGCCAAACAACAGUUCAUCGUGGGGUUUUAAGGGCGAUAAUGAUCCCAAUUGUGGCUUACAUGCUUUGCCGUCGGGUCAUCUUGGGCUCGGACAGUUCUCCCCGCAACCUUUUAGCGGACAAUUUCAUGGUGAUCUUCUGAUGGAACAAGUCCCACAAUACAUGGGUAUGGACCAUUCUAGAGUCUACGACUCGGCCUCAUCAAACCAUGUCAAUUGGUCACUUUGACAGCUCUAUUCGCUGCUCCGCACUGAACAAGAGCAUGUUGCUGGUUUCUUCUCAGGCGUUUCAUCGUAACUGCGAAUGUUCUUCUGAAUUCUGAACUCGCUCGUUUCAUUUUCUCGGUUUGUAACGGUCGGAUAUUGUCUUGUAACUAUUAGCUGCGCCGAUGUCGUUAAACUUGUUUGGGGACUAAAAUAAUAAUUUGCCCCGCUUGUCGUAUUUUCUGUUUCCCCGAAAGGAUCGACUACUGGUUGUGUAUUGUGUUUCGGUUUGAAUCUGAACCUUUUCUGUUAGCAUUUCACUUUCCCUGUUUCUGAAAUAUCUAUUGUUGUUUGUAAAUCAUAUGAACUGCACUGCAUUCAUUUAAAAUGAUCAUUAAGGAAUCGACGGCACCAUUAAAUCUAAAACAUACUCGGUGUUGUUUUUGGUUCAUGAUCAUGGGAUGUGAUAAGGUUUUUGCUAAGCAGGUUGUUACAAACCUACCGCUCACCUUCUCUUUUAUAUGAACUUGGGAUCGAAAAUACACUUGGUAUGCCAAUAUCAUUUAUAUCAUAAACACUACUUAUUCCUUCUCGUUUAUUAAAGUACUAAAGGCCUAUUUACUAAGACAUACGCUCAAUAUGCCAAUA